UCAAGUAUUAUUGCCGUCAAUUCCUCUACCUUCAGACCUCUUCCAGCCGUUAAGAGGACACCAGGAAAGACAAGACAUGGAGCCAUAUGGUGUGAUGCCAUGACCCUAAAAUUUCAAAGAUGAUCCCUUGGCUGUCGCCCCAGUCCACUGACGUUCACCAUCAUCACUGACAGAUAACCCAGAGUUCCCUGCCGACGUGAGCCGCGCAACCAAGCGAAGUAAGGUGACCGACAUCUAUGCCAAGUAAGGCCAGAAAAUAGAUGGAUUAGCUUGUUUCACAUCUCCUUCCACCUCUGACCGUAUUAGGUCAAUGGAAACGCUAAUCCUCCGCAUGUAACGUGAAGACAGGUAUAAAAAGGAAAUGUCAGACACUUCUGAGAAGGCGCGUCGUAGUCAGCCUUGGGUGAACGGCACUGACCAGCCGGGAGAACAAGCUAAGACAUUGGCUUGUGUCCUCAGAGUACCAGGGGGCACAGUGGAAUGGCAGAGGAAUGGGGAAGUGUGGUGUUUGCGGCCCGGAGGCGGAACGAAGAGGAAACCACACGGGAGUCUAUCUUUGUGUACACAAACAGCAACAACACCAGAGGUCCCUUUGAAGGCCCGAACUACCACAUUGCUCCCCGAUGGGUCUACAACAUCGCCACAGUUUGGAUGUUUGUCGUGGUCGUAUUAUCGACCUUCACCAACGGCCUGGUGCUGGUGGCCACAGCCAAGUUUAAGAAGCUUCGUCACCCGCUCAAUUGGAUUCUGGUCAAUCUGGCUUUGGCGGAUAUCGCCGAGACGCUAAUUGCCAGCACCAUCAGCGUGAUCAACCAGAUCUAUGGCUACUUCAUCCUGGGGCACCCCUUGUGCAUCAUUGAGGGCUACACAGUCGCUGCCUGCGGCAUUGCAGGUCUGUGGUCACUAACUGUCAUCUCCUGGGAGAGGUGGAUAGUUGUCUGCAAGCCUUUUGGAAAUGUCAAGUUUGAUGAGAAAUGGGCAACAGCCGGAAUCGUCUUCACCUGGGUGUGGUCCCUCUUCUGGUGCGCACCACCCAUCUUCGGCUGGAGCAGGUAUUGGCCCCAUGGCCUGAAGACUUCCUGCGGGCCUGACGUCUUCAGCGGCAAUGAGGAUCCAGGUGUUCGGUCCUACAUGGUCACCCUCAUGCUAACCUGCUGUAUUUUGCCACUUAGCAUCAUCAUCUUCUGCUACAUCUGCGUCUGGAUGGCCAUCCGCGCGGUUGCACAGCAGCAGAAAGACUCAGAAUCCACACAAAAGGCAGAGAAGGAGGUCUCCAGGAUGGUGGUCGUCAUGAUCAUCGCGUAUUGCGUGUGCUGGGGACCGUACACAUUCUUCGUCUGCUUUGGCACGGCCUACCCCGGCUACGCCUUCCACCCUCUGGCCGCGGCGAUGCCUGCGUACUUUGCCAAGAGCGCCACCAUUUACAACCCCAUUAUCUACGUCUUCAUGAACCGGCAGUUCCGUGUCUGCAUCUACCAGAUGUUUGGCAAGAAAGUGGAUGAUGGCUCUGAGGUGUCCUCCACUUCCAGAACAGAGGUGUCAUCAGUUGCUCCAGCGUAAUCGCCCCGCCAUAUCGCUCACCACGGGAUCCUGCCUGGACAGAUCUGUUGACGAAGGAAGGAAACAUGGAAAAGAACCAAAAAAGGAACUGCUUGUCUAUACUGUAUAUCUUGUACUUUCCAACACCUUCCCCAAGAUUUCCCAAGGAAAAUUUCAGGCAGUCACAGCAUGUGUGUGUAAAAGUAGUCUUCUCACAUUUCUGCAGGGAAAACCCUUAUUUUCCCACAGUCAGAUUCCUUGUAGGUUCAGAAAGAAAGUGUGACCAACCAUGAUCAAUUGGACUCUGUAGGGCUGUUAUAACUGAACGCCAGCAUUGUCAGAUCAUGGAGGCCUUUCAGAAUGAAUCUGGCAACAGUUUCUUUCCAGAAGCUGUAAAAUAAUGAAGAAAUUCUCAGAACUAAGACAAUAGGCAUUAAUUACCAUUGGAAACGUGGUCUCACGGCCAUGUGAAAAGAUUUUAUGAGCUUAUUUAUCAUUUUCGCUCCAAGAAUUAUAAUUACUGACAUCAUAUUCUAUAGGAAUAUUAGUUAGGUAGAUUUGUCUUUGAUUGAUAACUUGCAAUCAAUAAAAACAUUUAAAAAAAAAACAUGUUAAA